AUGUCUAAACAACUCAUUCACGGCAACUAUCCUGUCAAUGGCAUGCAAAUGUCUUUCAAUAAGAAUUACUCUCUUAUUUGUGCCUUUUUCAUUCAAUUCAUUCCACUCUUCGUCUUGCAUUUCCUUUUCAAACACCAAUACCAUCUUGCUCUUCAAGUCAUUGUCAUUCCAAUAGUGUAUCUUGUAUGUGGAGGCAGAUGGACACUCAACUAUCAUAAUCUUCUCCAUCAAUUGAGCGGGUUAAAUCCAAUAUUGGAUAUUUUCUUGGGGGUUGGUUUUGGCCACUUGUUAUCUUUUGGUCCAGGAAAGAAAGGACAUGAUAGUCAUCACAGAAUCAAUUAUGGAGAAAAUGACAAGAGAAUUUCAUUAGAGAAUAUUGAAGAUUUAAGCGAAUCAGAUAUCGAAUACCGAUUGAACGAAAUCUUGGCCAAAGAUGCUGACUUUUGGUGUAAGAGUUCAUUGAAUCGUUGGACUCUCUUCUUGAGAAGUUCCCAAUUCGAAAUGAAUUAUAUUCAAUUCUACUUGAAGAAUGUUGAGAAUGCCAAACAAAAACUAUUCCCAAUUUACAUGACAAGAUUGGCUCUCCUUCUUUUGCCUUACCUCUUCUUGAAUCCAAUUCUGUACAGCAUACAUUUGGUCCUAUGUCGCUUGGUUAUGGCUUUAAUUUUUAUGGUCUUUACUACAUUGUCACACGAGAAGGGUUGGUUUGAUGGUUUUGUGGCCAAAUUUUAUCCUUUCCAAAAGUGGUUAGAUGUGAAUGUCUUUUUAGAGUUGUUGAUUGGAUAUCAUGUGCAUCAUGUUAAUGAGCACGAUAAUCAUCAUACUUAUCCUAAAAGAGAUGUCAGUAUCUUGGCAAACAUGUUUGAAUAA